GAACCAAUUUCAAAGAUUAAGUGACCGACAUAAGUUUAUGUCAGCAGAUAAUUUCUUAAAAUAAAAUUGUUUUUAAAAUUGAUAUAUACGAUAAACUCUAACUAUGUCUAAUGUUUUGGAUACAUAUGUAACCGCGAAACAGACAAAACGAUUUGACAACAACGGCACCUGUCAGAGACUAAAACGUCUUUUCAAAACGUAAAGGUAGAAGAGGUUUAUAUACAAUCUAACCUUCACGGUUAAAGUUGGCCUUCAUUUUCAAAUCAUUGAAUGAUAUAAUAUCGGUACAGGUCUCUUGCGUCUGUAACCUAAAAUUCAGUUCCGAACCCUUUCACGACUAGCUGCCGCUAAGAUGGCACUCAAAAGUAAAAAGUCUGUAAGCAAGAUGCAGCUGACACCCGACGCCGGACAGUUUGAAAUGGAUGUACACGAUGGAAUUGAAGGACUGAAACUUGAUACCGGAAAGAACUUUGACGAUUUGAAAUCUAAAGAAGAAGGUCAGGACGCCACCGAUGUUGCACAGGACGAGGCAGAUAUAGGAUUCAAAGAUUUAGAAAGCACGGGUGCUCCUAAUAUUUACGUCGGAAAGCGUAACUUUAUCCACCAACUGAUGGACGUGGCACUUCUCAUGGCAAAUGUUUCCCAACUGAAAUCGCUCUUAUCCAUGGACAAAGGGGAUAAAUACUAUUUUAUUCUCCUCGCCUUCAUUUGUAGUUCCAUAGUACUCCAAGUAGCAUUCACAAUAUGUAUGCUAAUAAUUUGGUCCAUAGAAAAGAAACUACAAGAUCACCUAACAGAAUCUCCAAAAGAAAGUCACCCAGUGGACGAAAGUCGAAGAAUUCUGGCAGAAAGACUGGACAAAUUUGGAAAUAUCUUGGUACUACUGAUUAUAGUGUCUAAUGUUUUUAUAACCGGGUUUGGGGUUGAGGAACACGGGGAUCCAGGAAGCCAAAAAGAGCCAGGAAGAGUCGAAAGGGUUUUACUUCUGUUAAAUGGAACGAAGGUCAAGCUUUGAAAGAACUGUUGCAUUCGAAACAGAUUUCAAUAUGAAUGAAUUGAACAGAGAUUGUACAUAGAAUCAUGCAUUUAGUAUUUUCUAAUCUGAAUCAAGUUGAGGAUAAGCCCUGUGCUAUACAGCCAUCACUUAUUUAGAUUAUACAUGUUUCUGUUGAUUAAAACUGAUAUGCAUUAUCCAAAGAUUAAACUUGUGGAUUUUCAAAAGUAUAUAUGAAUUAUGCAAUUUUAAGAAUGUCGUUGCAUACUGCAUAUGUUUCGAGUAUUUACGACAAAUACUACGUAUGUUAAUAGAUACUACAUGCGAUUGUUUUAAACAAACACAAUUAAUUGAGUCUAGAAGAAAAAUGUAGCAGACAAGUGAAUAUACAAACAUUGCUGAGCAUAAAAUCGCACGGAUGGUAAAAGUGUAUUCAUUUUUUACCCCUAGAAUGAAUGUUAAAAAGUAUAUUUGAAAUAUUUGAUAAAUAAUCUAUGCUAGUCUUGAAAUCUUAAUAUCAGUCAAUUGUUUUGUUCGACAUAAUUAUUUACCAUUACCUUCAUUACACAUAUUCAAAAUGAAACUUCAUAUAAAUGUUGUUCAAACAUUGACUAUUAAUUGUUCGCUUAAGACAUAAUCAUUAGUUGAUUUUUUAAAAACUGACGUGGUUUACAUUGUUAAAUAUUGUACCUCAUACAAUACACAUUUCAGUGUGCCACAUACAAGACACAUUUCAGUGUGCCACAUACAAUACACAUUUCAGUGUGCCACAUACAAGACACAUUUCAGUGUGCCACAUACAAUACACAUUUCAGAGAUAGUACCUUGCUAAAAUUUGAUAUUGUGAAGAACAUUUAAAAAACUUGCGUUCAGUGCUCAAAUAUGUUAUCUAUGAUUAAGAAUGACACUAAAGUCUUAAUCUGAUCAUUUUAAAGCAUGUUCUUAAGCUUUUCUUAAACUUCAUAUUCAAUUUCCAUGUAGCCCUUGUUGCAGAUAGUCCUACUUAUCAAGUCAUUGAUAAAUAUUUAAUUCUCACUUAUAAUUGGAUUAUUGCAGGAAGAACUUACCUGACUUGGAAAAAGUUGUCAAAUAUUGUAUGACAUCAGAAAAUGUUUUAAGUAAUAUGAUAACCAUUAUCUAAGCUGAAUUUAGAUAUAAUGUUAUUUGUACCAUAUCUCUCAUCAUACAUAAAAACAAGAAAAAAAACUCUUUCAGUAUUUACCUUGAAAAAAACCUAUUUAAAUGAGAUGACUUAUCACCAAGUUAUUAACCAUACAGUUAGUCCAUUGUUCCUUUUAACUGGUGUAGUAAAGGUGCAAAGAUAAUUGCCAGGUGGGAUUAUUAUCUGUGUUAUUAUCAAAAUAAUAACGUUGAAUAAACCUAUCGCAACACUUA